AUGCUAUCCUUCACCAAUCCGUCCCCUGAUGCUGCGAGCAACAUUCAGUCCAUGCGUCUGCGAGAUGACCCGCCCCCCAUAACAAGGCAGACAAAGAAGCGCAAGUCUCCUCCAGCAGACUCUCAACCACAACCACAGCCUCAGCCAUCCACCCAGCAGCAACAACAACCACAACCACCCCAGAUCCACCCGCUGCCGCCCCCACACGCACUCAUGCACCCCAUGGCACCACCACUGCCCCCAGGCUACUCCUAUGCACCCGCAGACUACACCCCAGGCGGUAUGCCUCCAGGCAUCCCAAUGCCUCAACAGCAGCAACAACAGCAGCAGCACCAGUCCCAGUCGCCCCCGCCAUCCUCCUCCACCCGCGCUCUCAGCUCCACAAAGCGCGCAGAGCAGAACAGAAAGGCUCAGCGCGCCUUUCGCGAGCGUAGAGACCAACAUGUCAAGGCUCUCGAGGCCCGCUCCCAGCUCCUCGAUGCCGCCCUCGCUUCUGCAGACGAAGCAAACCGCCGUUGGGAAGAGUGUCGCGCCCUCGUAGACCAGCUCCGUGUAGAAAACAAUGCUCUUCGUGCUGCACUCGCUCAGCAGGGCCAGAUCAUGCCCUCCAACAUCGCCCCGACCACCCAAAACACCAACCCAACCUCAUCCCAGCCCCCCUCAGACGACCCAAAGCCUGCUGAUCCCGCCCCAGAACCAAAGAACGAUCCCGUCGAUCCCUCUUCUUGA